GGAAAUUUCCAUCAUGUCAGCCCUGUAUGUCUAUUCAUGCUGACAACUUGACUUUUCUUCGUAAUCGACCUACUAGAGCGUCCUACAACUUUUUUGAACUUUCCUUUCGAACUCGUAGAUAUUCUUUUCACCACUGGAGGCCUCGAAGACUAAGGAUUUGUAGUUCUCAAAGCAGUAAUCACUUGUUCGUGUAUAUGUCGGAAGUAGUCCCCAAGAACUAUGUGGAUCUUGCCUUUCAGUUAGCUGAUGUUGCUGGGUCUAUAUUAAGAAGACAUUUUAGGAAAACCAACAGAUUCCUAGUCAAAUCUGAUCAAAGCCCGGUCACUCUGGCGGAUAAAGAAGUUGAGCGAACGUUGCGUACUCUAUUAAAGCAAAGUUAUCCACAACAUAAUAUUUUAGGUGAGGAGGAAGGACAAGAAUCUCUUGGCUCGUUAUCUAACGAAACUUGUUCGGAUUAUACUUGGGUUCUUGACCCGAUUGACGGAACGAAAGCAUUUAUGACUGGUAAACCAACGUUUGGUACUUUAAUAGCCCUUUUAGAGGGAGGAAUUCCUAUUCUUGGAAUUAUCGAUCAACCUAUACUGAGAGAAAGAUGGUUUGGUGCGAAAGGAUAUGGUGCGUUUUAUAACGAUACUCCUAUAUCGAAUACUUUACAAAGAGAAUCAUGUUCACAAGAUCAAUUGAGAGAUUGUGUACUAUAUGCGACUUCACCAGAUAUGUUUCAUAAUGAAAUGUUAGAUGCCUUUAAAGGGUUGUCGAAACGAGUACAAUAUACAUUGUAUGGUUGUGACUGUUAUGCAUAUGCUUUGUUGGCAAGUGGUUUUGUUGAUUUGGUUGCAGAAGCGGAUCUUAAGCCUUGGGACUAUUUGGCUCUUGUUCCAAUCAUUGAAAACGCCGGAGGAUGUAUCACUGAUUGGAAUGGGAAUUCCUUAACAAUCUCUUCCUAUUCAGGUUGUGUCUUGGCAGCAAGAACAAAUACCUUACACCAACAGGCACUAGAAGCACUCCAUAUGCAAGAUUCUUUGAAUUCUUUUCAUCAAGAGAAAAUGUUUGUUCAAAGCAUGACGGGAUUCAGUAGAGCGCAAUCUUUCGGAAAGUAUUCCCUGGUGACAGUAGAUUUAAGAUCACAAAAUGGGAGAUAUUUAGAUAUUUGUGGAACUCUGCCUCCCAUGUUGGAAGGUUCAGAAUCCAAAAUACACAAUCUUUUGAAACAGUUUCUUUGUCGAGGCAAAGUUCAUUAUUCCGUGUCGAUCUCUGCUUCUGAGGACUCGUUGCCAAUCUCAUUAAUGGAACCCUCUGUGAAAGAUAUCAAACAAAUACUUGAACGAAUAUCUCAAAUUUUAAAAGUUCAGACUCCAAUAGAUCUAAACCAUGUACUCCAGUUUCGUGAUCUUGUUAUUCGUUCAAAAGAACAUAUGAUUGAAAAUGAGGAAGAUCUAUGGCCUUGUAUAGAAGAGGCUUUCCAUAAAGCAAUACGGGCAUUAAUUGAAGUACAAAGACAAGAAGGAGAAAGGUUAGUAGCUGAUAUAGAAACUCGAAUAGAAUUAUUACGUGGUUGGUUGGACGAAAUUGAUCAGUAUGCUCCAACAAGAGUUGUUCAGCAAAAGAGAAGAAUGAAGCAAAGGAUUGAGGAUUGUUUGGAAGGAAAUCAUGCUAUUGAUGAGUCUCGUCUCGACCAAGAAUUGGCACUACUAGCGGAUAGAAUCGAUAUAACCGAAGAAACAGUUCGAUUUCGUUCUCACUUAAAUUUCUUUACCGAAAGUCUAAAAGUGGCACCUCAGGUUGGUCGACGACUCAAUUUCAUUUGUCAAGAAUGGCUAAGAGAAGCCAACACUAUCACCGCGAAAUGUGCUGAUUCGUAUAUUAGUAUGCGAGCUAUACUUAUCAAGGAGGAAGUUGAAAGAAUUCGUGAACAGGUACAAAACAUUCUAUAGGAAUGGAUAUUCUUCUUCAAAAGCCACACAAUGCGGAAUUGGGACUUGUUUCAUUUUAGAAAUGUUUAGGAGACAGAUUUGGGAUUAAACAUGGCCCAAAAUGAAGACUCUUGAAUUAGUAGAACUUGACGAAAUAGCACACUAAUUAUUUCUGAAAGAUAAAGGAGAUCAGUUGAUUGCCGAUAUAUCAUUGAAAUAAACGACCAAGUCUUGUUGGCAAGACCGCAUUGUUCCAACGUAAAAGAGGAUAAACUCGUCAGACUUACUGUAGAUACAAGAAUACUUUUGUAAAGUUAGCCCUUUCAAACUUACAAACUUUUAUUUCCAACUAAGUAACCUCCAAUUCCUAUUAAAACAAUUCCAUUUGCU